GACACGAUGCCGCCGAAGUCAACCCCCAAAGCCGAUCCUAAGGCCUCUGCUGCCAAGCCUCAAGUGGCCAAGGCUAAGGCAGCAAGGAAAGCAGUUGUGAAGGGGACCACUUCAAAGACCCAGCGCCGAGUCCGUACCUCCGUCACUUUCCGUCGCCCCAAAACGCUUCAACUAGCACGGAAGCCAAAAUACCCCCGAAAAUCCGUCCCUCAUGCCCCCCGAAUGGAUGCCUUCCGGACCUUGAUUCGUCCUCUCAACACUGAAAGUGCUAUGAAGAAGAUUGAAGACAACAACACCCUUCUUUUUAUUGUUGAUUUGAAAGCAAACAAGCGACAAAUCGCCGAUGCCGUCAAGAAGCUCUACGAGGUUACACCUGCGCGAAUCAACACCUUGAUCCGACCCGAUGGCAAGAAGAAAGCUUUUGUACGACUACAGCCUGAGGUUGAUGCUCUGGACAUCGCUAACAAGAUCGGUUUCAUUUAAUCAUCUCACUCUUCGCUUGAAAUCUUUCUUACUGUUCGUACGUUCAAUAUGCUCUCGGAGAUAUUACCUUACCUCAAUACAUGUACUGCUCCAAUCAAACUAUGCUCGGGUACAUCGACACUACCUCCUUGUUACUUCA